AUGGCCGAUCAGCUACCAUUUCAAGAAAUCAUCCAGACCCCUGAGCCAUUUGACCUCGAGACCAUAAUCAAGAUACUGCCAGAUGAUUUUGAGAGACUUGAGGAGCAUACCGAAAUAGCUGUGCCUCAAACCCCUCAACGCGUCGAUGAAAACCAACUGGCUUCCGUUCAAAGUCCGUCUAAUCGAGGAAUCUCGAUUAAUAGAACGGCUUUUGCGCUUGCCUUCUUUGGGUGGGACUCCGUCGCAGAUGGUGCGGCAGGUUUGGCAGGCUGCGGUGCCUGCUUCCGGCGCCUGGGACUCUGGAUGUACAAACCGAAGAACAACGGUGAUGUGUCUGUUUAUGAUGCACUCGACGUUGCUACCGAGCAUAUGGAGUACUGCCCAUGGGUCAGCGGCAAGGCUCAAAGCGGUACCGGAAAGUCAUCUGAGAAGUCAGCCGAGCUGCGCAGUGGAUGGGAACUCUUGGCUCAAGCGCUCAAAGUGAAACAUCGCCGACAUAUAAGAUCCACAGUGUCUGUGGAUAGCCGUGCUGUUUCCGAAACUCCCUCUGCGGAUGGUCUAGCGGUUGACGAAGCAAACAAUGAAGCCAAAAAGGCUAGCGACCGCGAAUGGUGGGCAAAGCUGCGACGAAUGAGACAAGUACUAAAUGUCAAGUCUCCAAAGAAACCAACUGCGCCAUAA